AUGUCGACUGGGAACGUCAACCCCAUUUCGUCUGGGUUACCAAUUACAGACCCUCUCAACCCCAUCAGCGCAUCGCCAUUUACAGCGACAAACGCCUUCGCGGGUGAGUUUCUGGGUCUUCCAAUCCCUGACGAGGAUCAGCUUUGGGGCCUCAGCCCCGUCUCACCAACAAUGGGUACGGGCAACUGGGACGCCAAAGCCGAUGCAGCAGCCUUUGCCGGUUCCGCACUGGAACGAGAUCUGAAAAACGCCCAAGUUCGAAAUGGUCAACCCACACCACCACCAUAUGAGGAUCACCUCACGCGCGAAUCUGCGGGGUUAGAUCUGGAUAACGCCCAUAAACGCCGACGAGCACGAGAGUACCAAACCGCGGCGGAGAGUCUAAGUCCGGAUCUAGACGACGCAUCACCUCACCAGGAACGAGCCAAGCGAGCGAAAUUCCUUGAACGAAACCGAGUUGCCGCGAGCAAGUGUCGACAGAAGAAAAAGGAGCAUACGCAGCAGCUUGAGUCUCGGUACAAACAGCAAUCAGAGAAAAAGGAGCAGCUAGUUUGCGAAAUCGCGAAGCUUCGCUCCGAGAUCUUGAGUUUGAAGAAUGAGGUGCUGAAACAUGCUCAGUGUGGAGAUGAACCCAUCAAACUACAUCUUGCGCAAAUGGUGAAGAAGAUUACCGAUACGGAUGGUCCACCCCCAGCAACGACGACGACAACUGCGGUCGCUAUGGAUUCGCAUAUCGAUGUUAUGGAGACUGCGCCCUCACCCGAUGUCGUGCCUACUCCUACGCCUGUCACGGCUGCUAUGAAUACAUCUACACUCCCGCCUCAACUUCCGCCCCAAUCCACGGCGUUGUCAUUUGGGUUCGAUGAUUCACUACAAUUGGAGCCUGCGGCGGCGGCAGCUGCUGCAGAUGUGUUUGAGCAGCAGCUUCGACGUGAUUCCGAAACAUCCUUGGUGACGGAAUCAUCAUACGCUUUUUCAGCGGACGAUACAUUUGAUGACCUGAUCAAUGUCUGA